AUGCACCGUGCCGUGUUGCUCAUGGGCCUGUUGACUAGCGCGGCCGCUGAGCCGACCACUACCCCAGAAGUACUAACAACAGAAGCCAUAACAUUGAAAACUCUAGCGCCCACAGUAUUUCGUAGCAUGAUGACAAACAGACCACGAUCGGGAUCCCGUCGAAAGUCAGGGUCGCCGAUGUUGAACUAUAUUUUCGACUCCUACGCAACAAGUAAACAACAUUUUCACGAUAAUUUUAAAGCCCCGUCCUUUGAAGGGGACCUGAACUCAGAGUCACUUAUGGACGCUGACACCGGUGCGACGGUACUCUUUGAUUGCAAAGUGUCCUCACUGAGAGACAAGACGGUUUCUUGGUUGAGAGUAUCUGAUGAUGAAAACUUGGAGCUGUUAACAUUAAACCUCGUUACGUACACAGCUGAUACGAGGUACAAAGUAGACUUGGCUGAGGAAAAUUGGAAACUAUCGCUGUCUGACGCAAAGGUUCAAGAUUCAGGAGUCUACUGGUGUCAUGUGUCAACCCAUCCGCCCAUGUUGAGAAGAUUCAAAUUGCAAGUGCAUGCCCCAGAAAUGAAGAUGAGUAAAGAAACAUUUCUUGAAACUGGAGAAACUCUGUCUCUCAAGUGCUCGAUUCUUCACCUGAAUCCGGGGGAAGUUACUCCGGAACUAUAUUGGUACAGAGGCAACAAUUCUACACCGUUGGAUGAGAUACGAGGCGGAGUGUCUGUGGAAACAGAUCAGUUGACUUUGACGAGUCAUUUGCAGUCGUGCACUCAGCUUAGAGUGGUCGUGGUCUGUGAUGAUGAUGUCGUAGUUCGUGGGGUGUCCUCGGUGUUCGAGCAUGCUUUAAGGACUAUCCUCCUCCAUCUUUGA